AUGAUGGAAGACAUGGAAGGUGACAUGAUUCAGCUGAUUGUCGACUUCGCCUACGACACUCCGUUGGAUGAGCGCAUCGGUCCCCACAACGUCGCCAAGUUUCUCGAGCUGGCCCAGAAGCACAGGAUAUUCUGGAUACUGGAUCACUGCCUUAGCAACCUGGAGAAGGACCUCGACCCCCAGAACUGCAUCGGAACUUGCCAGCUGGCAGCCAGCUGGGGAUACUUGCAUCUCGCGCAAGAAGCCUUGCGCUGCCUGGUUCGCAACUUCGAUGAGGUAUGGAAGAGCAGCACUCAGUUCCAAGAUCUGAGGCCGGACGAGAUGCGUACCGUCCUCGCAGACGACCGCCUAGACUUCGAGAAGGUUGCCACUCACCCACAAGUGCAGUGCGAUGGAGACAGCGUGAAGGUGCUGAAAGUGAUUAAACGGACGCUCACCCAGCCCUCCAUGCCUUUCGGCGCGUUCGCCGGCGAUGAACCUUGCAUGGUGGUUGGAUAUGUUGCAAGCGUUGACCUGAACAGGCGGUUGUGGCUCAAGCCUCGCUUGCCAAAAGACAUUCUCUUCCUUUUCGGCGGCUGGAAAACGGGCGCGACCAACGACAUGCUGACCUACGACUGUCGUGCUGCCAAGUGGCGCGUGAUGGACAACCAGAACGUUACGGCCAGGGCGUACCACGGCGUGGCCAUGGUCAACAAGUGCAUCUACAUCGUGGGUGGCUUCGACGGCCGCGUGUGCUACCGCACGGUCGACUGCUUCGACGUGGCUCAGGCCCGAUGGAGCGCCAAGGCUAGCAUGGCGUAUGAACGCUGCUACGUGCUGAUCGAGACUCCACUGAAAGCAGAUCAAGGUGGUAGAAUGAUUCGUUGA